AUGGGCGGAAUCAAGAUCCCCGUGGUUAUCAAAUCCGAGAUUACCGCGGAUGAGAGUGUCAAUCCCACGACACCUGUGCCAGAGACCGGUUCCCGGCAGGACAGAACCAUGCUUCUCUUUGCCCGUGUCAUGGAAGGCGGGAAAGAGGACGAGGAGACGACCGCUGACCUUGCCAAGUUGACCAAGCUUCUUGUUGAGGAACCCGAGCUGACCAAGCAAGGCAAGGAGCCCAUUGUCCCCGUCAUCGACGCCGACUGCCUGGACACGUUGUUUGGGUGCCUCGAUAUGAGGCAGCCCGAAGCAGUCCGCACCCAGGCCACGCUCUGCACGGCAGCCUACCUCAACGCCUCGGGCCUAGAGGGUAAGAGGAAGGUCACCGACUUCUUCCACGCCAAAAUGCAGCGAGCCACAUACGAUGACUACAUUGUCGCCUUUUGCGCCGCGACUGCGAUCUUCCCUCUCGAGUACGACCUCAUGGCCGAGCUGUUCCACAUCGAGGGCUUUCUCCCUAGCCUCGGAUCGCUCAUGACCCGCAAGUGGAAGAGCAAAAAGAUUGAGAUGGCGUGCCUUAAGAUGCUCAACGCCGCCGCCAUGAAGAUCAAGUGCCACGCGGCCAUCUACAAGUACUGCAACGAGUGGCUGGACGACAUCAUCUCAGAUGACAUCGAAGCUCGUCUCGACACCGUCUGGCACCUUGACACUGAUCUUGAGGUGGAGAAAGAGGGCGCUGACGAACUCCGACGGCACUGCAAGCAAGUCAGGAACCUCGCUGGCGUCGUCUAUAUGAAGAUCUCGGCAGUUCCCGUAUCGGCCUCUCAAGGCCUGGGCACCGAGCCCAGAAAACCAGCAACAGACAAAAUUGAGAUUCUUUGCAACCGAUUUGCCAAAAUGAUUGUGGAGGACAACCCAGAGAACCCAGAGUAUGUGCAGUACGCCGUGGAAGCUUUGGCCUAUGCAAGCCUCAGGCCGAACAUCCAAGAGCGGCUUUCUCGCAACACAGAAACACUCAAACGCCUUGUCACAGUUCUUGAUUCAGCAGCGCCUAAGUCGCCUCUCACGUAUGGGGUCCUCAGUAUAUUCACCCACCUGACGCGGUACCGUCCUCAUGAGUCGGAGGAACAAAAGAGACUGAGGCAACUCAAGGCGUACGCCAACGCGGCCGGGAAGUCCCAGCCCAACCCCCUGAGCGAUGACGCCCGCGUGACGGAGCGCUGCAAGCUCGUCUUUGCCGCAGGCGUCGUGCCCGUUCUCGUCAAGCACUGCAAAUCCGCGUCCCUUGCUUCUCUCUCCCUCAUCAUUUCCAUUUUGUUCUCCCUUUCCGCCACUCCCACCCUGCGCGGCUCCCUCGCCCAACAGGGCGGUGUGCGUGUCCUGCUCGCCGCCUGGAAUGCCCUUCCGGCCGAGACGGAGGACACCGCGCGGCGCACCGCCGCCCACGGCCUAGCCCGCAUCCUCAUUUCCACCAACCCGGCCCUCGUCUUCCGCCAGACGCCGCAGACCGCCGCCAUCCGGCCACUGGCUACGCUGAUCGCGCCGGCUGACCCGACAGCCGAGACGCGGGAUCUCCUCCCGACCUUUGAAUCCCUCCUUGCCCUAACCAACCUCGCCUCAACAGACGACGACGCCGACACCACGCGGCGGGUCAUUGUACGCACAGCCUGGGAUGACAUCGAGGAACAGCUCUUCAGCACCAACACCCGCGUCUCCACGGCAGCCGCCGAGCUACUCUGUAAUCUGGUCCAAAGCCCGGCUGCCCAAGCCCAAGCCCAAGCCACAAACCGCACCAAAGUCAUCCUCGCCCUCGCCGACGCCGACAGCCCCAAAACCCGCAGCGCAGCCGGCGGCGCCCUCGCCAGCCUGACAGCCCACGCCUCCAUCGCCCGCACGAUCCUCACCACCGCUGCUCAACCGCGCGGGCUAGACCACAUCCUAGGUCUGUGUCGCGAGGGCCAGGAAGAAGGAGGAGGAGAAAGCGCGGGACCAGCCGAGGCGGAAGGGAUCCGACACCGCGGGGCCGUGGUAGUGGCGAAUUUGUUAUCGCAGGAGGGGGAACUGGGGCUGUUGGCAAGGGAGAAGUUGGCCAGGGCUGGGGCUGUGGAAGCGUUGACGGUUUGUGCCAAGAAGAGUCGCACGCCGGAGGUGGUGCAGAGUGUGGUGCGUUGUUUGGAGGUUUUGCUUGGGGGGGAAUGA